CCUUUAUUUCGAAAGUAACUUGUUACUGUUGGAGUCAAAAGCCGAACUCCGGAACCGUUCAAAAGUCGUUUCUUUUAUAUUUCAAAUGUCACCACUCUCACACCUGCUUCGACAUUUCCCUCUUCAUUUUAUAGUAACAAACUAACAAUAAGCAUUUGAUCAAAAUUGCGAACAGAGAAAUGGUUUCCCCUUCUCCUUCUGCUUCAACCACCGGUGAUCCGCCGUCGCCGGAGAAGUUGGAGGCGGAGCACGAUAAACGAGAGAAGGAGGUACUGCACAGGACAAAACUCGUACAAAUUUUUGGCCGAACCACGCCUAUCUUUCUCCAACGCGAUAAUGGCCCCUGCCUUCUCCUCGCUAUCUGUAAUGUUCUUUCACUGAAGUACAGUUUGGAUUUCAAUCUAGAUAUUCGAGAGGUUUCACAAGAUUACUUGCUUUCACUUGUUCUUGGGCUGCUCGAUUCGAAAACUGGCAAUGUUGUAGUCUCCUUUUGUGCAUUAUUUUCUUAUUUACAUUUUUUUUCAUCAUAUAUGACAGAUAUUAAUACUUUUGUGUUUCCUUUUCUCAUUAAUUUGAUCUUAUCAAUUGGGCGACCGAACAAAAAAACUGGCUAUGUUCAAAAUCGACAGAAGGAUAUUGCAGAUACGAUUCGUUUACUUCCUCGACUUACAACCGGUGUUGACAUGAAUAUAAAAUUUAGAAGAAUUGAUGAUUUUGAGUUCACUCCAGAAUCUGCAAUAUUUGGCUUAUUGGGUAUUCCACUCUAUCAUGGAUGGAUCGUUGACCCGCAGCACAAUGAAACAUAUGCUGCUAUCUGUUCCAAAUCAUAUAACAUUCGAACGUUGGAGCUAGUUUCAUUGGAAACAAAGAGCGAGCAGAAGAAAAAACUAGAAGAUGACAACGUUGAUUUUGCUGCUGCAACAAUUACUUCAGCUCCUGUAUUACCUUCUCCAAGUCCUUCCCAUAGAGCCAGAAAAGGGGACAUUGAGGAAGAAGCAGAGCUCUUAAGAACCUUGGAAUUAUCGGAGGCGGAGACCUUUACUUCUGAUCUUAGUUUGGGAACACAUUUGGAAACAAGUGAAGAAGAUUUUACUGAAGAAUCUGAAGAGACUGGUUCACCGAUAUCCUCUGAUUGUGCGGACAUUUAUGAAGACGCAGAAAACAUAUUGGACUCGAUAACUUUAGUUUCUGAAAAUCGAGAGCCAGUUUAUGAAGGGGAAAUUAUCGAGAACUUUAUGAAGAACAGUGCUAGUCAGUUGACUGUAUACGGCCUAUUUUGCUUACUAGACAACGUGAAGGAAGGCGAGAUUUGUGUGUUCUUCAGAAAUAAUCGUUUCAACACUAUGGUCAAGUAUGAAGGUGAACUGUACAUUUUAGCAACUGAUCAAGGUUUCAUUCAUGAGCCAGGUUUGGUGUGGGAAAAGCUAAAUGAGGUGAAUGGUAAUACUGUAUACAUGACGGGCGAUUUUAAGGAAUUCAAGAUGAGCGACCGUUCCAACAGCCCUUGGGAUGCAGCGAAUGCCAUGGUUGAUACUGCAGACUAUCCAUCUACCAUUGGUAGUGCCGAAGAAAGUUCAAGUUUCGACUCCGAUCUGCAGUUGGCAAUAGCUCUUCAACAGCAGGAAUAUGGUGACCAGCAGCAGCCACAUAGCAAUUUGCAACCGCCAGCUUUUACUGAUGACAGUUCGAGCCUCGUCACUGUUCCACCGGUUUCGGAGAGUAGCGACGAGUGCACAAAGUCGUCUAAACCGAAAGAGAUGUGAUUGUUAAAUACAGGUUUUUGUACAAUGGAAGUUUUGAUGACUGUAAAAUACAGGUUUUCCGUGUGUGUAUAAUAUAAUACCAAUAAAAGAGCAAAUGAGUAACGGUAAGUAAUACAUCCUCUGCUGUAAGCAGUUACUUUUUUGUACAAAGGAAGAAUGGAAUAUACAGUGUUUGUUUUUGGGACGAAUUUUGAGAAAUUAAUGAACAAGUAAUAAUUCAAA